AUGGGUGGUGGCGCAAUUCCUGCAACGGCGUCGGUGGAUUACAAGGAUGAGAAGAAGAAGGCGAAGGAAGUGCUGCUGGUAGACACCAUUGCUGGUGUCGGACUCGUCGAUGCUCCCAUCCUCUUCUUUCUUCACUUCCACAAGGCUUUUCGCUCCGAGCUUUCCGAGCUCCAUCGCCUUGCGCUCUACUCUUGGGAGACCGGUCCUCAUGAACGAGACUUGAUCAUCGACCUUCUCCGCCGCUUCCACUUUCUUAUGCUCGCUUUCAAGUACCAUUGUGCUGCCAAGGAUGAGUUUAUCUUUCAAGCACUGGAUCUACGCGUCAGAAAUGUGGCGAGCACGUAUUCUCUUGAACAUAGUAACAUGUAUGACCUUUUUGACCCUGUUAUCAACCGCUUGAGUGUUUUACUGGAAAAUAAUGAGAAUCUUUCCCAGCCAUGCCAAGAGCUAGUGUUUUGUACUGGAACUAUCAGAUCAUCAAUUUGCCAGCACAUGCUGAAAGAAGAAGAGCAGGUUUUUCCAUUGCUGAUACGGCAUUUCUCUAUCAAAGAGCAGGCUUCACUUGUCUGGCUGUUUAUUUGUAGCAUUCCUAUAAUAUUUCUGGAGGAAGUUUUGCCAUGGAUGGCCUCCUAUCUUUCGCUAGAUGAACUGGAGGAUGUUAUGCUUUGUUUUAAAGAAGUUGUUCCUGGAGAAAAGCUGUUACAAGAGGUGGUAGCGUCCUGGCUUGGCAAGAAGAACCAACAUAUUGGGGUCUCUGCUGGGGAAAGAAAUGAAAUAUGUUAUUCACAUUUUCAUAGACCACUAGACUUCUGCUUGCCAAAAUUAUGUUUGUCCAAGAAGACCUUAUAUGGGGAUACCUGGCAUAUGAGUGUAUCAGAUUGUCUCCAUAAUGAUAUUAGACAUCAGCCUCUUGAAUGCCUUUGUCUAUGGCAUGGUGCCAUUCGGAUAGAUUUACUGGAGGAGUUGCAUAAAACAAGAAGCUCUAAGAGUUCAACUUCAGAUUUAGUUGAUGCCCAGUUAAAGUUCCUUGUAGAUGUCCUUAUUUUCUAUAGUGUUGCCUUGGAGAGAGUCUUCUUCCCAGCGUUAAAUGAACUUGCAGAUGGUUCCUUAUCUUUCUCCCAUCGAUGGUUGCCAGAUGAAAUUCAAAUUGAGAGUCUUGUACAAUUGCUGCAAAACUUCAUUGUUCAAGAUGGGCCAUCUUUGUCCAGCCUUAUAGAGAAGCUAUGCCUGAAAUUGGAACCUUUUGUGGUGAAAAUUUCCAAACACUUCGAUAUUCUAGAAAAAGAGGUCUUCCCUAUCAUUUGCAAACACUAUAACCAUGAAGAGCAGCAGUGGCUGCUAUACCGGAGCCUUUGUUUAAUGCCACUUGGGUUGCUAAAAUGCGUGAUAACUUGGUUUUCUGCACAUUUAAGGGAGGAUGAAUUUAAGACAGUCCUUUGUAGCAUAAAGCUGGCAGGACCUAUGCUUGAUAAGUCUUUCUCAUCUCUCUUGCAUGAGUGGGUUCGGAUUGGAUAUUCAGGUAAAACCUCGGUCGACAAAUUCAGAAAACAGCUGCAGGAAAUGUUCAAAAGCACAUGUUUCCUACCUGAACAGAUCGAGGAGGCUGGUGUUUCUUCUCUAGAUAUAGAUGCAGAAGCUUGCAAGAGAUCCUACCCCAGUCUGAUGAAACCAAAUUCUGCCAACAGGGCCAAGAGCUGCCCAUCUGAUGCUUCAUUUUUCAAUAUCCUAAGCUUUGAAGAAAAGUAUAUCAUGUUGUACUCCAGCGGAAUCAAUCUGCGUAUAUUUCUCUAUGGAGAUUUAAAUAAAUCAACUUCCUUCUCCCAAUUCCCUGCUGAAAAAGGUUGUGCUGAUUCCAGUCUCAGUCCUGAACCCAGACCAAUUGACUGCAUCUUUCUCGUCCACAAGGCCCUGAAAAAAGAUCUAGAAUACCUUGUCACUGGGUCGGCCAUGGUGGCUAAAGAUGUUGAGUUUCUCAGGGAAUUCUGUAGGCGCUUUCAUCUUGUACGAUUUCUGUACCAAAUCCAUAGUGAUGCUGAAGAUGAAAUUGUCUUCCCAGCUUUAGAGGCCAAGGGAGAACUCCAGAAGAUCAGUCACUCCUACAGAAUUGACCACAGAUUUGAGUGGGAGCACUUUAGUAAUAUAUCCAAAGUUCUUGAGGAGAUUUCAGAAUUGCGUCUUGCACUUCCGUCUACACUGUCAAAUGUGGUGGAUGAGGUUACACUUGGCCAGAGAAUGAUUAGGUACAGCCAGCAGUGUAUGGAGCUACAUUGUAUGUGUAUAUUAAUAAAUAAAAACAUAAGGGAACACAUCCAUCGUGAAGAAAUUGAACUUUGGCCAUUGUUUACAAAAUUUUUCUCAUAUGAGGAGCAAGAAAAGAUUGUAGGAUGCAUGCUUGGGAGGACAAGAGGAGAAAUUUUGCAGGAAAUGAUUCCCUGGCUUAUGGCAUCAUUAACGCCAGGAGAAAGACAAGCUAUACUGUCCUUGUGGUGUAAUGCUACAAAGAAGACAAUGUUUAAUGAAUGGCUAGCAGAAUGGUGGGAAGAUAUGGGAAAUUAUGAUAUACCUAAAGUGGUCGAGGAGUCACAUAUCUCCUCUUCUGGGACAGCAAAUCCAUUGGAGAUUAUUGCAACCUAUCUGUCUAAGGAAUGUUUUAAUAAGGCAAAAGGAGGGAACUGUCAUGAUGAAGGAUUGACAUUUUCAACAAAGGAUUUUACCGGUUGUAAUUCUGAAACUUCUAGAAAUGUUGAAGGGGAUGGUGAAACAGAUAUUAUGAAUGAAAACCAGGACAGCUACCAAUUCUCAGAAAGUGCAACAGUUUUUAGCAAGGGCAACAAGCAGAGAUCCAAUAAAGUUAUAGAUUCCACACAUCAGGUCAAGAAACCAUUUCAGUCUUCUUGGGUAAAUCAGAAAUUUAGGCAUCAGGAGGAGCUCCUUCUGGCAAUGAGUCAGGAAGAUCUGGAGUCUGUGAUUAGAAGAGUGUCACGUGAGGAUCAUUUAGAUCCUCAGAGGAAAUCAUAUAUCAUCCAGAACCUGCUGAUGAGCCGUUGGGUUGUUGCACAGCAGAAGUCUUAUCCAGAAGCAACUCUCUCAAGCAAUGGGGAAGAAAUUCCAGGCCAGUGUCCAUCCUACCAGGACCCUGUCAAUCGAAUUUUUGGUUGCAAGCACUAUAAGAGGAAUUGUAAGCUGUUUGCUAGCUGUUGUAAUCAGUUAUUUACAUGCCGAUACUGUCAUGAUGAGGCUUCUGAUCAUUUGCUGGAAAGAAAAUCUACGGCCAAGAUGAUGUGUAUGAAAUGCUUGAAAAUUCAGCUCAUUAAUCCCACAUGCGCUAAUAUUUCUUGCAACAGCUUGUCCAUGGCAAGAUACUUCUGCAAUAUUUGCAGAUUAUUUGAUGAUGAAAGGGAAAUAUAUCACUGCCCUUACUGCAACCUGUGCCGAGUUGGGAGAGGACUGGGUAGUGACUACUUCCAUUGUAUGAACUGCAAUGCAUGCAUGUCAAAGUCUCUUACGGUGCAUAUCUGCAGAGAAAAAUGUUUUGAAUCAAACUGCCCGAUUUGCCAUGAGUACAUCUUCACAUCAACCUCUCCAGUGAAGGCACUUCCUUGUGGGCAUUUGAUGCACUCAACAUGCUUUCAGGAUUACACCUGUACUCACUAUACCUGCCCUAUUUGUAGCAAGUCACUGGGGGACAUGAAGGUGUAUUUUGGGAUGCUGGAUGUGGUGUUAGCUGAAGAGAAAAUCCCAGUGGAGUAUUCUGGCCAGACUCAGGUCAUAUUAUGCAAUGAUUGUGAGAAGAGAGGUGUAACUCCCUUCCAUUGGCUUUAUCACAAGUGUCCAUAUUGCGGUUCAUUUAAUACUAGGCUUCUCUGAUUCUUGUAAACUACUUGAUAGGGAAUUAGAUGAAACACCUUACUGUAAAUCAGUCGCGUUGAUUUCUUUUUUCAUAUUUUUCUGUCUCUGUUGCUUUGAAAUGUAACGUUUGUGGUGGAUGUUACUUCAAGAAUUCCAAUUGUUAUAUCAUCAAUUUUAGUCAUCAUCACAAGAAAA